AUGGAUAAUAUCAUUUAUUAUUAUUUAAUUAAUAAUUAUAACAAUAAUAAUAAUAAUAAUAAAAAUGAAAGUGAAGAAUUUUUAUAUUGUUUAUUAAUAUUAUCAAUUAAUAAUUUAAAUAUAACAUUUAAUCAAUUACAAGAAUAUUGUAAUAAUAUCAAUGAUAAAAACAAUAUCGGAAACAUUCAAAAAAAAAGAAAAAUAUCAAUACAAGAAGAAGAAAAAGAACAAAAUUAUUUAAAUGAUUUAAAAGGAUUAAAUUAUCAACAAUUUCAAAUAAUAAAUAAUCAUUUACAUAUUAAUAUUUUGGGAAAUAAAAGAAUAGCAUUCGAUUGUUCAAUUCAAAUAAUUAUUAAAAAUAAUUUAAAUCAUCAAAUCAUUAAUAAUAAUAAUCAAUUAAUUUUAAAAUCAUUACCAUUGGACCAAAUUAAUAAAGAAUUAAAUCAAUAUAUUGAUUAUAAUUAUAUAUUAUUUAAAAAAUUUGACCAAGCAUUAACUUGUAACAUCAUUGGUAAUACUCUUAAAACCAUUAAUUUUGGUAGUAGAUUUAAUCAAGCAUUAAGUGAUUCAAAUGGUACCAUUUUGAAUGGAUCAAUACCAAAAUCAAUUACAGACCUCAACUACCAUUUUAAUUCAAAAAACAAUUCAAUUAAAUUAAUUCCAAAUUCAACAGUUAGAGAUUCAAAUUCAAAAUCAAUACCUGGUGGCACAACUUCAUUAACAUUUGAUUCUUCUUUCGAUCAAAAAAUUAAAAGAGGAAUGAUUCCACAUAAUGUUACAUCAUUGGAAUUCCUUGGUUCUAGAGGUUCUAAAAUUGAAUCAAACUCAUUACCAAUAUCAAUUAAAACUUUAGUUUUUGAUGUCCAUGAAACUUCCAAUAACUUAAAGGAUAUCUUCCUACCAAAUAUUACAAGUUUAACAUUGAAUAGUUGCUCUGAUUAUCAACAAUUACCAAAAUCAAUUCAAACACUUUCAAUUUAUAUUCCCUUGGAUUCAACACUGAUAAAUCCUUUUUCUGGUUUUAAAAAUUUAACAUCAUUAGAUAUCCAGACACAGGAACAUAAUUUACCAGAUGAAAUAUUCCCAAAUUCUCUCACAACUCUAACUUUGGAUUGUCCAAAUUUACAAUUAACGAAUAAUCUACUCCCAAAAAAUCUUAAAACUUUACUUAAAUAA